AUGACGGGCAAUCUGCGGUGGCUGACUAACUAUGGCCAGGACUCGCUGGCGGCCGGGGUCUCCUUUGGUAUGCCUUGGCCAAAAGGGCUGUAUCAGCCUGGUCAGUCUUUUGUCAUUGAAGAGAAUGGUCGGGAAUAUGCGAUAGAUUCGAGAGAAAUUGCCUACUGGGCAGACGGAUCGCUCAAAUGGACGGCACACUCGAUCGGUGGGCAUGUCGGGUACAGCGAGGAGUACACUGUCAAGGGCUCCUCGAAAUCUAAGGACACCGAUGCUGGUGUCUCCAUCGAGGAAGGUGAUAGUAUUACAGUCACUACGCGCCUUGGGUUGCAGGUCAAAUUUGCAAGCUCAGGGAAUUCGUCCUUGUUCGAAAGCCUUUCGCUGCGUGGCCGGGCUCUGUGUUCUGGCGCCACACUUGUCGCGUCCAUCAAUCACAAGGAGUAUUCGACCAUUGUCAACAGAGUUGGGGUCGAGAAUGCUACAAACUCCAGAGCAGUCAUCAAAGUCUCCGGGACAAUGGCCUCCCCUGACUCUGAGCACCUCCCGUUCGAUGUGCGCGUCUAUAUAUACGCCGACGCGUUACCCAUCAAGAUCCUGCACUCUUUCGUCCAUGAUCUAGACGCUGAUGAACCUCUAACCUCACUGGGAAUUCGUUUCUCAGUCCCUUUGGAGAAUACGGAGCUUUAUAACCGACACGUUCGUUUUGCAGGUUCCAAUGGCGGGAUCCUCCGGGAAGAAGUCCAAGGACUGUCUGGAUUACGACACGGUCCGACAGUUACCAGCAGGAUUGAUCAAACAGCAGGACGGGCGGUCACUCUCAAGCAAGAAGAGUGGUCCAAGACUGAUUUCCAUCAAGGUCUCUCGUACAUUCCAUCAUUUCAGUCUUACACCCUCUCGCAGCUUUCCUCUGACGGCUUCACUGUCAAGAAACGAACGAAAAAGGGCUGCUCCUGGGUCAAGGUAACCGGUGGUGGUCGCGCAGAUGGAACUGUGUAUCUAGGCUCAGCAAGACACGGCGGCAUCGCCGUUGGCAUGUCCGACUUCUGGGAACGGUACCCGACUCAGCUGGACCUGACCAAGCUCACUCAGAGCGAGGGUGCCAUCACCGUGUGGCUUUACUCUCCCCUUGCAGAACCGCUCGAUACGUCGCCAUACCAUGAUGGACUCGGGCUGGACUCGUACGAAAAACAGCUGCAUGCACUCGACGUCACAUACGAAGACUACGAACCGGGCUUUGCCACUGCCAACGGUAUCGGAAGGACGAACCAAUUCCUCCUCCGGCCGUACACAAGCACCCCUUCCAACCAGGAACUCAGCUCUUUCUCGACUCUUGUGAGAAACCCUCCCCGUCUAGUCCCGACAGCCGAGUACAUGCACUCCGUCGGCGUCUUCCACGGCUACUGGUCGCCCGCGAACCAACCACCCGCAUCACCGCAAGAAGCCACCAUCGAGCACAACCUCGACCUUCUAUUCAACCACUACCAGAAACAGAUAGAGCAACACCGCUGGUACGGCUUCUGGGACCACGGAGACGUGCAGCACACGUACGACCCCUACCGGCACGCCUGGCGCUACGACGUAGGCGGCUUCGCCUGGGACAACUCAGAGCUCUCGACCGAUCUCUGGCUGUGGCUUUACUUCCUGCAUACCGGUCGCGCGGACGUCUUCAAAAUGGCCGAGGCAAUGACCCGACACACCAGCGAGGUGGACACCUACCACACAGGCCGGUUCAAGGGUUUCGGCACGCGGCACGGCGUCCAGCAUUUCAGCGAUAGCUCAAAGCAGCUGCGUGUAUCCAAUGUGCUCUAUAAACGGAUAUACUAUUACCUGACCGGCGACGAGCGCAUCGGCGAUUUGAUCUCCGAGCUGCAGGAUUGCCAAUUCGCCCUCCUGACUCUCGACUCGCACCGUAAGGUGCAAGCGCACGCUGAUGUCCCCGAGGGCUUCGCCAUGACGAACAUCGGUCUUGAUUGCUGUGCGCUCGCGGCAGCAUGGUUGACGGCCUGGGAACGACGGACGGAGGGCUGGGAGCACUGCCGCGAUCUCUUGAUCGAGUUGCUAGACGGCAUCGCGCGGCUCAAACACGGCAUUGGGAAUAAUGCUAUCCUACUGAACCCAACCACGGGCGAGAUUCGAGAAUGCCCCCCGCCAACGCCCGAGUACGCCAUCUCUCACCUCUCCAUGCUCUUUGGGUUCCCCGAGAUAUUUGCGGAGCUUCUUGACUACGCGCAUGAUGCGCAUCCGACUACUGUAGAUAGGUUUAUGGCCGUAUGGCUGUCCUAUUGCAAAGCGUAUAAUGGCGGCGCGGAAGUCCAGCGCAGGGAAUUCGGGUUCGAGUUCCCGGAUCAUGCGACCUGGCGACAGAGUCACUCGACGCUUACGGCGUUUGCGGCUGUCCAGCUGAAGAUUGAGGAGCUGGCUCGGGCGGCUUGGGAGCAGUUUUUGCGUACGGAUGGGUAUACAGAGAACCAUCAGUGGAGGGUUGUUGAGUCUGCGCCGCCGGAGUACUUUACGCAUGGGGAGGAGGCUGCUUGGAUUACGACGAAUGAGGCAGCCAGGUACGGUGUGUCUGCUAUUUUCAAUCUGGCGAAUAUUGGGGAGUAUUUAAGAUAG